GCCACGGCCGGUGGGCACCUCAUGGGGCAGGGCACGGGAGCAGCUGUGACAGCGAAGGAUGCUGUGGAGGAACCACGGGUGCAGAGCGAGGCUUAAGGACCAAAGACAUCUGCUCCCCUCCCAGAGAGCUGGAGGAGUCUUCAGGCGCAGAGCAAGAGCUCAGUUGGCAGCAUCUCCCCUCAGAUGGAUCUCUGAACAUCUCCACUGCUGAGAGGGGCAUCCUCUCAUCCCCAGAGGCAAGAUGGCUCAGGACAUGACUGAGAAGGAGCUGCUGAAGAUGGAGCUGGAUCAGCUGAAGAAGGAGGUGAAGAACGAGAGGCAAAUGAUCUCCAAGACCGGCAAAGAGCUGAAGGAAUACAUCGAGUCGAUGGCAGGCGAGGACCCGCUGCUGAAAGGAGUCCCCGAGGACAAGAACCCCUUUAAGGAGAAGGGAGGCUGCACCAUAAGCUGACCCCCGCCGCUGGCACCGCCGCGCACGGGGACGCUCCUGUGUGCCAGCCCGGACUGCCAGAAACCUGCUUUCCCUGUAGUCUGACCUCGGCACUGGGGAGCCCAGAACCGAAGCACACGGUAUGAAAGAUGGCAAAGGAAGAUGCAAAACGAAAAAGACCCAAAACAGGCAAAGUUCCUCCCCCCACCCCCCCGCUGCCGCCGGAGAUGAGGUCCAGCAGCCAGGGGCUGUGCUCUCGCACCUGACCUCGGCUUGGUUUCCUGCAAGCAAAACUUCUCCAUUCUUAGCAGCGUGAAUGGACCCACAGAGCUGUGUCUGGUCGCUAUAAACCCUCCAAGCAAGCCAAGCCCAGAGCCCAGCCCCUGCUGGCUGCAAAAGAACCUCCCAGCAGGACCUCGCUCAAGCCGGUUCCUCUUGGUGCCUGAGUUGCCCCAGCUGGCACAGGUGGGCAAUGCCCACCCUGCUGCUUUGGAGGCUCCCAGAGGGCUCUGAAGGUUGAUUCUCUUUAUUCUGCACAUGUGUGUCCCCCCAGGCUGGUGACCACCUCUGCCCACCAUCCCUACACUGUGCAAAGGGGUGGCCAGAGCAGGGCUGGGUGGGUUUCAGCCAGCAGAGAGGAGGGCAUGGGGAGGAAGGAGGCCUCAGGGAACUUGUUCAAACCCUCCCCCCAUUCCUCACUCUCACUUCCUCCCCUGCAAACCCCCUGACAGCCAUGGGACAGCAAAGCCACUGCUGUCAGGUCUUGCCGGUGACCAGGGCAGCUGCAGGCACAGCCUCAGGCAGAAGGGCAGCAAAGCCUCAUCCUGCCACAUCCCAUUUGUGAUGGAGACGACCUGGAGCAGGAGAUUUUGGGGCUAGCAGCUCCCUGGAGCAAGACAGGACUCGCCAAGCCCUAAGCUAGCAAAGGCCAAGCCAUUGUCCUCCUUUUCCUAAGGGCAGCUUACUUCUAGGACAAACCUGGGGCACUGCCAGCUCCCCACCUGAGCAAGGUGAGACUGAAGGUUUGUGGGGUUUUGAUCUUGGGGGAAAGUUUGGGGGGGGAUAAAAUUCCAUUGGGAAAACUCUCUGAACCUUCCCCAGCUGAUCUACCCCAAAGAGAAGCAGCAGCUCUUUUAAUCCCAGUCCCUCGGGUCCUGGCUGUGCUGCAGGCUGUCCCUGUGCUGCUUCUGCUUCAUGCUAGCCCCCCCCGACACUGCAGAAGCCUUCAGACCCAGGAGGAAAUGCUCCCCUGAGGCUCAGCCAGGCUCUGCUUGGAGGUUUCACACAUCCCACCGCAGACUUCAGACACAGCAAAGACAGCAGCUGCAAACUUAGGGCAGGAACCAACCUCUUCCGUCCAGCACUUGAGGCAAGCUGAUGGUGCAGCAGGCACCUGCAGCCUCUUGGCAUGGGUGAGGGUCUCUGGUGAUGCUGCUGGGGCUCCAGGAACGCAGGGGACAGGUCUGGGACUAGUCUAUAAACACUGUGAGUGCAGGAAAACCACUUCUGAGCCUGCCUGGAGCAGAGUUCUCCUGCCUCUUGGGCCACUGCUUGGUCUCCUGGCCAAGCUAGCCCUGCUCAGCAUCAUAUCCACAGGGGCUGAGGGGGUUCUUCAGCACUGAGACACCCCAAGAUGAGGCUUCCCCAGCAGAGGACAGACACAAGGAAGAGGCUUUUCCUCAGGCAUGGGGGUUCCCACUGCCCCCCUGCAGCCAGCACCUCUGCUCUGCAUACCCCCCCUAGCCAAAAGGACCAUCACAAAGGUUCUUCUCUUCUCCUCUUCUUCGCAGAUGCUAAAUAAACCUGCAGCUCCA